AUGAUCAAGUUGGUGUUUUUGCUUGCUACUCUGGGUUGUGUUUUUGCUGACUCCAUCGAUCUGGAUAGGAGGAUCGUCGGUGGCGAGGAAGCCGACGAAGGUGCAUUCCCCUACCUGGUUUCUUUGAGGUAUAAGGGUCUGCAUGCUUGUACUGGUUCCAUUCUCAACGAGAACUGGAUAUUGACGGCUGCCCACUGCGUUAAAAAUGCUAAUAUUUCGGCCAUGCUCAUCGUCGCCGGAUCCAACAAAUUGAGUAACGGAGGUGAUAGCUACCAAGUUUCUAAGACUAUAUAUAAUGAGAACUUCACAUCAAUGGUUAGUAACGACGUUGGUGUUAUAAAAUUGAUAACUCCCAUAAAAUUUAAUAAAAAAGUUCAACCCAUUCAAUUGACGAAAGAAAACAUCGAUGGCGGUGAAGAUUGCGUUUUGAGCGGCUGGGGUAUGACAUCUUUUCCAGGAAACAUCAGCGAAAACUUACGCUAUGUCCACUUGAAGACAAUUUCCGUCGAUGAGUGCAGACAACGUCUAUUUCCAAUUCCAAUUAUUGAUAGCGAGGUGUGCACCUUCACAAAGAGAGGAGAAGGUGCUUGUAAAACUGACUCUGGCGGUCCAUUGGUUGCUAACGGCAAACAAAUCGGUAUCGUCUCUUGGUCACCACCAUGUGCUAUUGGCUUCCCAUACGUCUACACCAGAGUAUUUUCGUUCUUGGACUGGAUUAAGGAAAAUAUAGCUAACUAAAAAAACACGACCAUAAUUUAUACUUUCCGGUUGCAAUAAUUUUCGUAACCUGUUGAACGGUAUAACAAUAAAUGUAAUUAAA